AUGUUACAAGUGAUCACCGACGAACAAAUUAAUGAUGAAGUGCAAGAUGGUAGCAAGGCAAACUAUCGACUUACUCGAGAAGAAAUCAUCAGUAACAUCUUUAUCUUCAUGAUAGGAGGAUAUGAAACAUCAUCAACUACUUUGGCUUGUGCAACGUAUGAACUUGCCCGACAUCCAGAAGUUCUUCAGAAGCUUCAGUCUGAAAUCGACCAACUUCCAUUGGUCACUGAUGAUACGACCGACGAAGAAAUCAAAAAAUAUCCCGAUUAUGAUAUAGUGGCGCAGAUGCCCUAUAUGAACAUGUUCUUGUCGGAAGUCUUGAGAAUGUAUCCCAUUGCAAAUCAAGCCGUUCAAAGACGGGCCUUUGAGGAUACAAUUGUACAAGGAAUUAAAAUCGACAAAGGUAAUUAUGUAGUUUCAUGUUAGGAAACACUUAAAGCUUUUCAAAACCAUCGGAAAAUCUAUUAGAAUUGUAUUUUAAUCUAAAGAAUGUUGUUCAUCUUUAUGACAGUCGUAUAUGAGAUGAUGCAUGUCUUUUGUCUUUUGAAGGUACCUUAGUGUAUGCUGAUGUCUAUUCCGUCCAUUACGAUCGGGAACUUUGGGGUCCUGAAGAUCCCUACAUCUUCUUUCCCGAACGUCAUGAAAGAAAACGUCAUCCGCUGGCUUAUCUACCGUUUGGAGCAGGACCACGGCAUUGCAUUGGCAUGCGCUUUGCGCUGAUCGAAAUGAAGAUUCUACUAGUGCGACUGCUGCGUGAAUAUUCCAUUCUGCCCGGUGAACAUCUCGAAACCAAAUUCAAUCUUCGUGAACGAACAGUUCUCGCACCAGAAGCAGUUUGGGUUAAAUUGGUGAAAAGAAAUGUUUGAGAGACAAUCAUACGAUACUCACAAAUCUAAAACUUUACUUUUAUAGAAAUAAUCUUUCAAUAAAUAUACAGGAAACAUAAUAAUUAUUCUAGCUUCUGUAUCUUGUAGUAUGAAAACUUUAUUAUUUGCUUGUGGAGGAAAAUUAAUUCGAGUGUAGUGUGGAUGUAACUUUGCUUUUGAAUAUUUCGGAUGACUAUGUGUUAGGGUGUGUACUAGUUUUCGUUGAUUAUGCACGCCCUUUUUGCUAAAAAACUCAGUUUCUUUUUUGCAAAUUGAUUAUGUCUUGUUUGUGAUACCUGACAUAUAACGUUAUAUGAUUCUCGAAUCUGCUCUGAAGGUUUUUUUAUUAAUUCUUCAUAUUCUUUCUUUGCCUGUUCUAAUUCGACUACUUUAGCCUGUCUCAUCAAUGUAGUCAAGUCUAAUUUUGUUUUUCGAAGGACAUUUUUCCAUUGUUCACGUAGUGAAAUCAGAAAUUUGUCAUCUGAUUUUAGUCCUUUCGCAUGUAAUUGUAAUUUAUUAAACAUAUUUAAAGAUGGUGGUGGCAUAUUCUCCAUGAAUCUCUUUUCUAAUUUAUCAAGUUGUAAUUUUAGAUCUAGUGUUCUCAUAAAUUUUUUAUGUAGUGUCUGUAUGUAUUGUUGUUCUGAUUCUGUUGCUAUAUCUUUAAUUUCUCGUAUUGCUUUUUCUCUCGUUUGAUCUAGUAGAAGAUUAUCUAAUCUUUUCUGGUCACUAUUCUUUUAUUUUCAAGGAUUUUUUCAAGGAUUUUCUUCACGAAAGAGACUACUUGUGUCCAUGUUUGUUCAGAAAAUGAUAAAUGUAACUUCUUUUCUCUCUCGUUUUCUAGUGUUUUGUAUUUAUUUUCAAGAAAUUCUUGAUGUGCUUUUAUUGUUUCGAAUGGGUUGGGCUGGGUGUGGGUGUCGGUGUUGUUUAAUGAAAUAGUCACACCCACGCCCACAGUCACCCACACCAACAGCCACACCCACAGCCACCCACACCCACACCCUCUAUAAAGAUCUUACAAAAAUAGAAUCUCCCGAUCAGUUAGUAGGCAAUGACCAUGCAACAUAUCGCGAUAAAGUACUAGAUGAACAAUGGAACAAAAAAGAAAAAAGAAAAUUAGAUUUUCGAAAUGAUAUACUGUGCCAUUUUUCAUACACACCGGCAUUGGCACGUUUUGGUACAACUUUCCACCAAAUAUGGAAAGAAAUUUUUCAGGAAACACCAUUAGACAACACACGCAUAAUUUAUGCCAAUCGAUUAACUAAUAUUUUGAAGCAAUUACUAGUAAAGAAACGACCAAAUAAAAAAAUCUUGAAACUACAAUCACAAUAGAAAAAAUUUUGUCUCAAGUAUAUAUAAAUAAAAAGUAUAUAAAAUAUAUAAAAAAUAAUAAGAAUAAGAAUUAAGAUAAAAACUCAUCGACUAACAAUCAACUACACUGAAAAAAAAAAGCGCAGAAUAAUCAACCCUUGCUCUUAAUU